UCCGCUCCUAAUAGAAAACAGAAAUUGUCACUAGCUGAACCAAGAUGUUGAAAUGUCAGUCUUAAGUCGCGUCAGACAGUAAAGGAAUUCCCCCUGUUGAGAUGUUCUCGUGAUGACGUCACAUGGAUAACCCUAUAAAUACACCACGGUAUAUCGACACACGAAUCUGCUUAUUUGAAGCACGUCGUUAGUUGUCUAAAAGUUAUGUUAGAAUUACGGUGGAUUAAAAAUGGUGACGGAGAAACGAAGGAACAUUAAAUGUGUGGUUGUUGGGGAUGAUUCAGUGGGGAAAACUAGUAUGUUGAUGGGGUACGCCACGUGCAGGUACCCCACCCAACACGUCCCUUCGGUGUUCGAUAACCAUGCAGGUACACUUAUCGUGCGUGGGCGGAAAUUACACCUGGAACUGAUUGAUACCGAUGAACAGGAUAAAUAUGAAGAAAAGAGACAGUUUGUGUACACAGGGACCGACGUGUUCGUCGUUUGUUUUUCAGUGGUACAACCAGAUUCUCUCAAACAUGUGGAAGACGUAUGGCUGCCGGAAAUACGUCACAUGGCGCCAAAGACUCCGUUCAUUUUGGUCGGAACUCAAGCCGAUCUUCGUGAAGCGGAUGUGGUUUUGAACAUGCUUCAAUCAAACGGACAAAUACCCGUUAGUCCCUCGGCAGGUUCCGAGUUUGCCCGGAAGGUUGGAGCGGCUUGUUACAUUGAAUGUUCGCCAGGGGUGGAGAAGAAGUUACGGAGAACUGUCAACAAUGCGUUGGCCUCGGUGAUUAAACUUCGAGAAGGCGGGGUGUAUACCUCACCAUGCACCAUUCUGUGAUACUGGAGAUCUUUCUGUGGGUGAAACAUUACAGCACAGGCUCCUGCAACCCCAUGUUGAGCCAACAAACGUUUCGCUAAAUAUUUGACUGGUUCCCAACGUGGCCAUUUGGUUUACCGUGAAGCGCAUAAACCAGUCUAGCGGACGUUUUCCCGCUCGGUCUGGCUGAACGCAGCCCUGGUUUAUGCGGCGGUAAAGUUCGCGAAACGAUUGACUGGUUCCCCAUUGUGAUCAUUCAGUUUGACAUGAAGCACACAAAAAAAAAACCAUUCUAGCGAGCGAUGUUUUUUUCCCCAGCUCUGUCUUACUGAGCUUUGCAAUAUAUUUAAUAACUAGUCCAUACUGUAUAUAUUGACCUUCUGUCCCUGAUCUGAAGCCUGGCGCCAUCAGAGUUUUGACAUAGGAGAGGUUUGCAUGGACCAUACAGCGUAUCAUUUUGCUACAUGGAGUAAAAUCGCGUUUUUUACCACGAAUAUAGUAAAUUAAUUAAAGACCAGUCUGGAUAGCGUUUAUCCAGCUCUGUUUUGCUGAACUUUACAAUAUAUUUAAUCACCAGACCGUGACGUCCCGUCCCUGGGCUGAAGCCCGGCGACAUCGAACUUUUGGCAUAGGAGAGGCUUUCUUGGACCAUACUGGAUAUGGACAUUUUCCAUACUGUAGUAUCCCUUCCCUAUAGAAAUUGGUGUGUGUUACUAACUAUAGUAAAUUAGUUUUGAUCUUCAGCAUUGCCGUCGUAACGGAAGACCACGUCAAUCACCACUCGCUGCAAUAUGUUUUGUUAUUUAUUGAUUAAUAUAUAUAAGCCAUGGCCAGUUUUAUUUCUUGAAGAAUAGAAUAGAAUUUAUGUUUUGUUUUUUAUUUUUGUUGUUUUAUUAUUAUUGUAGUCAACCCAAACUGACAUGCUAGUAACAUGCAAAACAAGAGUAAAAUAUCAGAUUUUAUAUUUAAAUGAAGCCACUGGCGGGGUCUAGAUGGCGAAUGCUCGCUAACAAUUUGUUUUGUUUCAGUCUUUGGAAAAGUGCAUAUAAAAGAUCCCUUGCUGCUAAUGGAAAAUUGUAAAGGGUUUUCUUUGAACAAAACGGGAAUUACUAUUAUCCUGUUCAAUUAUUUAGACCCAAAGUUUUUUGCAAAUGUUACGUUUAUUUCCUAUUCGAUAUUUGUUUUCUUUGCAUUUACAUAAAAACAAACCCAAACCCCGACAGGUUUUA